ACGACCUUCACGACCUGUAAAGGUGUUGUUGGCUAUUUGAGAUGCAGUGUGUUGAUAUUGCUUUGCUUCUCUCUGUGGAAACUAACAUUUGCACUCUUGGUUUGUUCUGUCUGACGUCUGUGAAGGUUUCCAUCAGCGCUGGGAGAAGAUGAUCUGCUGCAUCCUGCUGCUCCUCACACUGACCUCCUGUGUCUGUGGAACAUUUGUAGUGAAUGUGACACAGAGCUCCUAUCAGGCAGAGGAGAACCACAACAUCACACUGGAGUGGAGCUUCACAACCAAACCUCACACUCCAUCUGACUCCCUUUAUAUUCUAUGUGAGAUGUUUACUGAUGAUCUCAAAGCCUCAAAAGUCCUGUAUCAUCUACAUGAGGGUGUUGAGUCCCCAGAGUCUCAGGAUGAACAGUUUUCAGGACGAGUCCAGUGUGACAAGGACGUCCUCAGAGAAGGACGAAUCAGACUUCAUGUGUCCAGACUGAGGACUGAGGACUCAGGACUGUACCUGUGUGAAGUCAACACAGAUUAUGGUGCAAACUUUGGCAAAUGUCGACUCAGCGUCUCUGCAGCUGUUGAUCAGCCUGAAACUCAGAGACCAACUGAGAGACCAGAACCAGAGAGUUAUAAAAGGAUCCUCCUCUACGCUGGACUGGGACUGACAGCAGCAGCAGCAGCAGCAGCUCUACUGGUCAAACUCUGCUGUUCCUCAAGUCCUUGUUUCACUAAAUCUCCUGAUGAGACAGUAAACCUUUAUUCAGAGGUGUAAGAGUUACGUUCCUCAGAGAGCAGACUUCUCUCUGUCUCUGCUUCCUUUCACCCUGUUGGUCCAUGAGGCUGCUUUUCUCUGCACACCCAGUCUGACCUCUGACCUCUCUCACAAGACUAACUGUCAUCACAGUUGGUCACCUGAGUCUUAAAAAGUGAGAAAGACUGUGACUGUGACUAGUGUCACAUAUGUGAAUUGUGAUAUAAGUUAUCGUUGGAUCUUAUUAUUAUUUGUGUUUAAACUCCUGCAGCUUCGAGUCAUGUGGACUGUUGUUGCAUCAUAUCAACACCUGCUACAGAACCUGUGAGACAAUAAACAGGUGUGUUAGAGGUUGUCAGGUGGUUUCCUGUUUGUACUUUGUUACAGGUGUUUACUCUGAAGAUGAGCUUUCAAUUAACAAUCCUCCAGAUCACACUGUGAUGUGUUAUUCUUACCAAUGACUUGUCUUGUUUGAGCUCGACCUUGAUCUAAUAUCCCGACACCUGUUUAGAUAGAUGAUGUUUUUAUUUAUAAUAUCAAAGAUGAAACAGCCUUUCUUCUAAUAAUCACUUCCUGUUACGAUCCACCGCUUAAAAACUGCUGUUGAUGAAUUCGUGGUUUAACUAAUCUGGACUGGAGCCAGAGACAGUUUUUUGAUUCAUUUAUUAAUGUUGUGAUUGAAUCCAGGAAAUCCAUCUAAAGAAAUUAUUUAUUCUCGUAAAAAGCACUGGCGUACAGCCAGUGAGUUUUCCACCUCACACCCUGAGCCAUAAAUAAA